GUCCAAGUGGUGCAACAGUCAAACCCUGGAACCUUAAAAAAACAGUUAGGAUCCGAAACCUCUCCACCGUUUUACAUUCUCCUCUGACAGGAGUGGGUGAGCUCAAAUCAAGGUGGACCCACACAGUUAAACUCCCAGCAGACACAUGAACAGGUGCCAGCUUUCAAAUUGAGAGCAGAUAUCAAAUUAUGGGGAGGAUGGAGUAUUUGGCUCUGAAGAGUAGUGAUCCAGACACCAAUGAGUUGAUAAAUUCAGACAUCAAUGAUCUCAAGAUUGCAGCCAAGAAACUCAUCAAAGAUGCCACUAAGCUUGGUGGGUUGGGUUUUGGGACUUCUUUUCUCAAAUGGGUUGCCUCCUUUGCUGCCAUAUAUCUGUUGAUAUUGGAUCGAACAAACUGGAGAACAAAUAUGCUGACUUCACUUUUAAUCCCUUACAUUUUCUUCAGUCUUCCUUCAGUGCUCUUCAACCUCCUAAGAGGAGAGGUUGGAAAAUGGAUUGCUUUUAUUGCUGUUGUACUGAGGCUUUUCUUCCCAAGACACUUCCCAGAUUGGCUAGAGAUGCCCGGUUCGUUGAUCCUUCUUCUGGUUGUGGCUCCGAACUUUUUUGCGCACACCUUGAAGGACAGCUGGGUUGGUGUCUUGAUAUGUCUUCUCAUUGGUUGUUACCUGCUGCAAGAGCACAUCCGGGCAUCAGGUGGAUUCAGAAAUUCACUCACACAAAGCCAUGGAAUAUCAAACACUCUAGGCAUUAUCCUUCUCUUAGUCUACCCUGUUUGGGCAUUGAUUCUCCAUUUCAUCUGAGCAUUGUAGUAAACAACAGUUUCUACCAAUUGUUCAUGUACUGCAACUUGCAAACAUCACAUCUCCAUCUUCUCUUUAUAAGAAUUUGAUUUCAGU